GACACUGAAGGUUCCCAGGCUGCAGACAUGUUGUUUUAUCUCUUCGUUCUCCUCGCUGGAGGUUUCUGUCUCAGCUACAACGGCAAUCCCCCUUCAGUUACUGUGCUGCAGAACUCUGUGGCUACUCUGCCCUGUCCUCAUAAGAUGGGUGAUGUAACAUGGACCCGCUUCAAAGGUGGUACAGAGGUGAUUCUUGUCAAAAACGGCAAACUGAAAACAUCUGACGAACGCUUUGUUUCUCUGCCAGAUAACUCACUGCAAAUCAAACAUGUUACACUUGAUGAUGAAACAAUGUAUUUGUGUAAUGGAAGUCGAGUAUAUCUGACAGUGAAACCAGAUCCCAACAUGGUGGAUGCUGGAAAUGUACCAGUCACAUCCACAAUCAGUGGACCGGGUUCUGGCCUUGGACCCGGACAGAAGGGGGUAACAGCAGCCGGUGAUUCAGACCCAGAGAACCAACAACCUUCAGAUUCCUGGAAGGUAGCUGUUGGUGCAGUGGUUGGUGCUGCGUUGGUGCUUCUGGGCGUCUUAACCUUUAAAUUCUGCUCAAAAAAGAGACGAGAGACAAACGUCGCUGUGGACAGAACAACUGACGCUGAGGUGAUUUACGAGGAGAUUGUGGACGGCGAGGAGCAGCCGAGGAGGGAGUCCGAUGUUGAAAGUCCCUACUACCUGGCAGGCAGCAGCGAGACGCCACUCACAAACAAUCUGUACAGCGCAGUCAACAAGUCAAAGAGGAGCAGUGAGGAGUGUGUGUACUAUCUCGCCCAGAAUCCACCACAAACAGGAAGUGCUGGUUAAUUAUCUGUCACACUGUCGAAUACAGAGACUGUCUGAGGCUCCACUGACGGAUUCUGCAUCAGAUAUUAACACUGUAAACACUGUAAAUAAUGUAAACACUAAACACUGUAAACACUGUAAAUACUGUAAACAAUGUAAACAAUGUAAACACUGUAAAUACUGUAAAUUAUGUAAACAAUGUAAACACUGUAAAUACUGUAAAUACUAAACACUGUAAACAAUGUAAACACUGUAAAUACUGUAAAUACUGUAAACACUAAACACUGUAAACAAUGUAAACACUGUAAAUACUGUAAACAAUGUAAAUAAUGUAUACAAUGUAAAUACUGUAAACACUGUAAACACUAAACACUGUAAACAAUGUAAAUACUGUAAAUAAUGUAAACAAUGUAAACACUGUAAAUACUGUAAACAAUGUAAUUAAUGUAUACAAUGUAAAUACUGUAAAAACUGUAAACACUAAACACUGUAAACAAUGUAAACAAUGUAAAUACUGUAUACAAUGUAAAUACUGUAAACACUGUAAACUCUAAACACUGUAAACAAUGUAAACAAUGUAAAUACUGUAUACAAUGUAAAUACUGUAAACACUGUAAAUGCUGUAAACACUGUAAAUACGUCCUCUGAUUGUUUGUAUUGAUCCACCUGUUGUUGUUUUUCUCUCUUUGUGCCGAUAACGAUAUUAAAGGGUUCGCUCAUUUCCUGUCA